UGCGAUGGGGCUGCAAUGGGGCUCUGCCCCACGCCCUGGGGGGCAGUUGGGAUCGCGUGCUCCACCAGCGGCUGCAGCCUGGAUUCUUGGUUCCCCUCCAAAGCCAAACAUCCGGCCCUGGGAGCUCGCCGUGUCUGAGCGCAGCGCCGUGAGCCCUCGGCUCCUGGAAGCGUCUCGGGCCUUUGCUGGGGAAAUCUGGUGGCUGGAGGUGGCUGAGGUCACGCGUGGGGCCCUGGGACCCUCAGCUGGUGGGGGCAGCCAGCCUGCAGCGGGGAUGGAGCUGGGGGGGCUUCGGGCUCCCUCCCAACCCUACCGUUCUGCGCUUCUCCGCUCUCAGAGGUUCCUCCCAACCCGGCCGUUCUGCGGCUGCUCCUCGAGCCUCUGCACUGAGCGGGGAUGGAGGCUGUGCUUCAGAAAGCACCGUUUGGGGUUGGAGGGGACCCUAAAGAUCAUCCAACAGACGGUCGGGCAGGAAGGGACCUCCCGGGUCGUCGUCCUCGUGUUCACCAGCUCCCGUCAGGACCGGGGGGCAGCAGAAAGGUCUCCCCAGAGCUUUCUGCACCACGCCAUCACCCUCAGCCCGUCCCCGCGGCGUCGCUGCUCCGUCCCGUGCGUUUUCAGCCCUGGGCACGGAGCUGAAGCGAUCCCAGCGCCUCCCUGCUGGGGUUGCCUUGUUUUUUGUGCCCCAAACGGGGGGCAACCUCCAGCAGCAGCUCACGUUCGGCUGUACAAAAGUUGCCCGACGCCAGGGAAGCAGCUCGGUGCAGCUCGUCGUCCUGGUGCAAGGUGUGCCAGGCAGGAAUGCGGGUCCGCCCUGCGCCGCUGCCCUGACUCAGCCUCUUAUCACCCGCCUGGUUUCUGUUGGGUUUCUGGCCUGGAGCACAGCCAGCAUCAAUUCGGGGCCCUCCGGGAUCCCGGGGGGCAGCUGUGGGAUCCCACGUCCAUACAGCAUGGCCAGGUGAGGUCAGUGGAUCCCAUAUCCAUACAGCAUGGCCAGGUGAGGUCAUGGGAUCCCAUACAGCAUGGCCAGGUGAGGUCAUGGGAUCCCACAUCCAUACAGCAUGGCCAGGUGAGGUCAGUGGAUCCCACAUCCAUACAGCAUGGCCAGGUGAGGUCAUGGGAUCCCACAUCCAUACAGCAUGGCCAGGUGAGGUCAGUGGAUCCCACAUCCAUACAGCAUGGCCAGGUGAGGUCAGUGGAUCCCAUAUCCAUACAGCAUGGCCAGGUGAGGUCAGUGGGAUCCCACAUCCAUACAGCAUGGCCAGGUGAGGUCAUGGGAUCCCACAUCCAUACAGCAUCACCAGGUGAGGUCAUGGGAUCCCACAUCCAUACAGCAUGGCCAGGUGAGGUCAGUGGGAUCCCACAUCCAUACAGCAUGGCCAGGUGAGGUCAUAGGAUCCCAUACAGCAUGGCCAGGUGAGGUCAGUGGGAUCCCAUACAGCAUGGCCAGGUGAGGUCAGUGGGAUCCCACAUCCAUA